CUAAGCUAAACUAUAGCAGUCAGUAUAACAUUGCGCGCGCGUCGGAACGAGCGUGGCCGCGCUCUCCCUUCCCUUUGUGUACGCGAGUGACGUAGAGCUAUGACUCGAUAACAAAGUACUCUGUGAUCCUCAUUCCUUCAGGAUGGACUGGUCGACCCCCCCACCCCCGCCGCUCGAGACCCUGGCCGAGCGGCGCCAGCGCUGGCGCAGCCUCUACAUCAUCUACUUCACCAUGUUCCAGAUGUCGCUAGGCUUCAGUAUAGUGCUCACGGGAGUGUGGCCCUACCUUGACAAGCUAGAACCAGGAUCAAGCAAGGAGGUCCUAGGCGUGGCCGUGGGCAUGAAUCCUCUGGGCCAGCUGCUCUUCUCCCCGCUCCUGGGUCUGUGGGCCAACCGGGCCGCGUCCCCCCGCGCGCCCAUCAUCACGUCAUUACUGCUGUUUGUGGUGGCCAGCGUGUUGUACGCCGAGCUGCAUCUGUUCCGGCCACACGCAAAGUACUGGAUGCUGGUCGCGAGGUUCCUGGUUGGAGUUAGUUCAGCAAACAUCGCAGUGGCCCGCGCCUACAUGUCAGCAGCCACGCUCGUGGAGGAGCGAACCCGCGCCGUGGCGGCCGGCUCCCUCGCCCAAGUCCUGGGUUUCGUGGUCGGACCAGCUCUACAAGCCGCCGCCGCCCCACUCGGCCCAGGGUCCCCCACAGACACGGGGUUCCUUCGCCUGGACAUGUACACUGCCGCUGGAUGGAUCAAUGCAGUGCUGGGGGUGGUCAAUUUGCUGCUGUUCCUGCCGUGGUGUUUCAAGGAUCGACAGAUUGCGGCCAAGGAGGCGAUGCGUGCUCAGGGGAAGCAAACUGAGAAAGAAGCUCUAAAAAGCAUGAAGCCAGACCUCAUCAGCAGCUGGACCCUGGUCGCUGCAUUCUUCGUGCUGGUCUUCAACUUUGUGCUGCUGGAGACGCUGGCCACCUCGCUCACCAUGGACCAGUUCGCGUGGAGCAAGCGAGAGGCGCUGGAGUACAUGGGGGUGCUGAUGAGUGCUGGCGCCGUGGUGGCGUGUGUCACCUUUGCGCUUAUUACUCCGCUGACUAAGCUGUUUGAGGAACGAGCACUCCUCCUAUGGGGCGGCUUCCUCCUGACCGGUCUAGCGUCUGUCCUCUGCAUCCCCUGGGGCCCAGGCCCGCCCCCCCUCGCCCCGCUCCCCGCAGACGGCGCAGGGGCGGUGGAGGCUGGCGGGGGGUGCCCUCAACACACACAGCCGUGGUGUGCCACUUCGACUGUGCUCAGACUUGACCAGUUUCUGCUGGGCUACGUGUUCGUGUCGAUUGGGUAUCCGAUUGGGGUCACGCUGAUACAGACGAUCUUUUCGAAAGUGCUCGGACCGAGGCCACAGGGUGUCUGGCAAGGAAUCUUAACUGGCGCUGGCUGCGUAUCUCGAGCAUUGGGGCCCAUAUUCGUAUCUCUAGUCUACGCGCGGCGCGGUCCAGCCGCGGCAUUCGGUUCCACCGCCGCCAUCACCUUCACCACCCUCAUAGCUCUGCGGUUGUUGUACUCCCGCCUCCGCCCCCCGCCGCUCACCGCCCCCACCCCGCCCGAGCCGCAGGAGCUUCAGCCGUUGGCGAGGAAAGAUCCAGAACAAGCGGAGACGUGACACAAGGUUUACUAACAUGUAGUAAGAUAAUUGUAAAUUGACAAUUCAGUAUAUUUAACUGUAAAUCAGAAUCUAUUUGCAGUAGAUAGGUAUAGGACAUAUGUAGGUAAGUACCUACCUACAUUCACAGGAAUAAAAUAUAGGUAGUCUAGAAAACUAAGUUGGUUAAGUGCUGAAGGUACUUAUGUUUCAAGA